AUGCCUCACUCCAUCACCGUCAAACAGAUCGAGGGGAAACCCGGCGCUGUCUACUAUCCCCUCCAACUCAAUGAAGUUCCCAAGCCGUCUCCAGGGCCCAAAGACGUCCUGGUCCGUCUGACUGCCGCGGCUCUCAACCACCGCGACCUCUUCAUCCGACGCCAUCUCUACCCGGGCAUAUCAUUCGACCACCCGAUGCUCGCAGACGGCUAUGGCAUCGUCGUUGAGGUUGGGAAAGAUGCAAGCCAGGACCUCCUGAACAAGGCGGUUCUCAUCACGCCAAGCCGUGGCUGGGCCUCCAGCCCCGACGGGCCGGAAGACAUCCGCAAGUUCAGUGUCAUCGGCGCCACAAAGAUCUAUCCCGACGGCACCGCGCAAGACUACCUCGCUCUUCCCGAGACCGAGGUUGAGCUGGCCCCGGAGCACCUCACGCCCGUAGAGGGAGCUGCCCUCUCCCUGGUCGGACUGACCGGGUGGCGCGCGCUGGUGACCAAGAGCGGGAACGCUGAGAAGGGCAGAAACAUCCUUGUCACCGGCAUUGGCGGCGGCGUAGCGCUCCAGGUCCUCCAGUUUGCAGUCGCAUUCGGCUGCAACGUCUACGUGACAUCCGGCGACGAGGCCAAGCUUGAGAAAGCCAAGAAGCUGGGCGCCGCCGGGGGUGUGAACUACAAGAAGCCCGGGUGGGAAAAGGACCUCCAGGCCCAGCUCCCCAAGUCGCGGCCGUACCUCGACGCCGUCAUCGAUGGUGCAGGCGGCGAUAUUGUAGGCAAGGCGGUCAAGGUGCUUAAGCCGGGCGGCGUCAUCAGCCAGUACGGCAUGACGGUGUCGCCGCAGAUGGAUUGGCUGAUGCAGGCAGUGCUCAAGCAUGUGGAACUCAAGGGUACGACCAUGGGGUCGCGGGAGGAGUUUAGGGACAUGGUUGCCUUUGUGAGAGAAAAGAAGAUCAGGCCGGUUGUGAGCCGGGUGGUCACUGGGCUGACGAAUCUGGAGGGUAUUGAUGGGCUUUUCAAGGACAUGGACGCCGGGACGCAGUUUGGCAAACUUGUCAUCAAGUUUGAAGAGGAACCGGCUUCUCCCAAGCUAUGA